AUGCAUGAGAUCGAUGAUGUAGAGAGCUCUUGGGUUGGUGUUCCAAAGUAUGAUUACAUCUUCUGUCGGUAUAUGGUCGUCGCUAUCGCAGACUGGCCUAAACUCAUCCAGAAUAUUUACCAUCAUUUGAACCCUGGUGGCUGGGUUGAAUUUCAGGAAAUGGGUGGUUUGUACUACUCAGAGGACAACACGUACGUCGAGGAAAUCGCUGUCUUCAAGUGGAACAGAAAGUUCCUCGCGGCAUGCGACGCUAUGGGACGCACUGCACGCCCUGGUAGCCAGGUUGAGAGUUGGCUGCGCAGCACAGUGUUCGAUAAUGUCGAGUCUCAGAAGUUCAAGGCCCCGAGUGGGCAGUGGGCCAAGGAUCCGCAACUCAGAGAUGUGGGUAUGAUUUGUCUCAGUCAGCUACUUGACGAUCUCGAAGGCUUUACUCUUAAGCUCUUUUGUGGGUUCUUGGGUAAGACUCAGGAGGAGGUGCUUGUUGUUACGUACACUGGGUCGUGGUCACUCAACAAGUGGUUCGCAGUGAAGUAUACCGAAAAUGAGGUUAUCCAGGCGCUUAACGACAUCAAAAAUGGUAUAUCUACUCGCACUGCCUCCAAGCGAUGGGGUGUGCCACGAUCAACGCUUAUAAGCCGUACCAAAGGCCACCAACCAAGGCAAGAAGCAUUUCAAGACCUCCAGAGGCUCUCUCCUGGCCAGGAGGCCAGCCUGGCCACUUGGGUGACUGCCCAGGCAGACCUUGGGCUGCCACCAACCCAUCAACAACUGAAGGACUUCGCCCAUCGCAUCCUCCAAGCCAUGGGGGACACCCAACCUCUUGGCAAGAGGGACUGGUUCAAAUAUCUCGCCAUACCUCACAUCCAGGCCAUCAAACCAGCCAACAGAUAUAAUAUGGAUGAGACUGGUAUCCUUGAGGGUAAAGGGGAUAAUAGGCUAGUGCUAGGCAGUGCUGCGACUAAGUCAUUAGAAAGGGUCUUUAUCCCCCAAACCAAGCCCUCUAGCCCUAACCAAGCUAGACUCCUUAUCCUAGAUGGCCAUAGGAGCCAUACGACGACAGAUUUUAUGUGGUUAUGCUAUACCAAUAACAUCUAUCUGUUAUUCUUGCCUCCACAUACCUCCUAUGUCCUCCAGCCACUUGACCAGUCAGUCUUCAGCCCUGUCAAGGCAGCAUAUAGGAAAGAGCUGGGAUAUCUUAGUCAGUGGAUCGACUCUACUGUUAUAGGCAAAAGGAACUUCAUUUCCUGCUAUCAAAAGGCUCGCCUAGCUGGGCUGACUGCAGGCAAUAUCAAGAGUGGCUGGAAAUACACUGGGUUAUGGCCUGUUGCUAUUGCAAAGCCGCUUAUGAAUGGGCUGCUGGUUCAGAAGGCAACAUCAUCAACAACAACACCAUCAACACCACUCAACAAGGUUGCCAGAGAUAAACAUAUAGCCCAGGAUGCCCAUGGUAUAGAGGGCUGGGCGUCAGUCUCAUCUGCUGUGAAGUGGUCUACGCCAAGGAAGGUGAAGGACCUAGGGGACCAACUACAUAUAUUCAGCCAACUAGAACAAAACAUCGCCACACAACGCCAGCUCUUCAGGAAGGUAAAAGAAGGCUUCCAAGAGCAGUCCUUUGCCCUAGCUACCGCCCAGCAAAAGAUAGAGCUUCUAGAGGCCAAGGUUGCCAACACUGCUAGCAGGAAGAGGAAGGCUGUUCAGUUGGACCCAAAUACGAAGUUUGCGACAAUCAAAGAGAUACGGCAAGCCCAGAUUGAGGCUGGCGAAGCUGAAAAUGAUUCAGAUGAAUCCAGCGCAUCUGAAUUACCCAGUGAGGCCGAAAGUUGCAUUAUUGUGGCUUCAAGAGGUAGUUGA